AUGGAUUCAGAUUUCGGGGAUUCCUUUGAGCAGUUCGCUAUUCUCACGCCUCGAUUUAUCCUGGUUCCCACCACCACAGCAGUAUCUUUCAGUUCAUACCGAGCACUUUAUUCUGAGCUGCAUGCAAGUGUGGAGUUCUGCCAAAUGGGCUUCGGCCAUCACUUUCCGGCCAGAAAAUGGAGCGAUGAGGAGACGCGCAAAUGGAUUGAGACGCGUGAUAUUGGCCGUUGUUGGCGAAAACGCGGUCUAGGUGAUUUUGCUGUGGGGUUACGCGAGGCAUCGACAUUCGAACCUAGCAAAAACAACACGCAAAAUGAGGCCGAGUGCACCGUAAUCAGAGGUGAUGAAUAUGCGCAGAUCGCGGGCUGUGAAAAUACCCAUCUUGCGGCCUUGGAAUGGGUGGGCUAUGCAGGUGUCCGCGAUGCUACGACGACCUCGAUGCCGCCACGAGAGCCUGGAGAUCCAGCGUUUCCACCAUGGAACGAAAUGAUUGAGGUGCGCUACGGUGUCUCGCCAAAAUUUUGGGGCCGAGGAAUUGCCCAGGAAGCGGCCAAAGGGGUCAUGCAGUGGUCUGUCGUUGAAAGGGGGGUGAAAAGAUUCGUCGCCGAGACGGAGAAAGAAAAUACUCGAAGUGCGAGAGUAUUGCAGAAAAUUGGAUUUACAUCCAGCGAUACGAACUAUUGGAAAGAACCCGGUGAGUUGGAAUGGGAGUGUGUUGCGAAAUAA